AUGCCUUACAUCUGUCUCUUAGACUCUUGUCCUUUGUCAAAUAGCCUGUUCAGAUCGAAGAAAGAUUGGCUUAACCAUAUGAAAAACGAACACACCGCCCAGAGCUGGACCUGUUUAGAUUCCACUCACGACACAAAGUUAUCAUUCCAGACUCAAGAUGAAUUUGAGCAACACAUGCGCGACGAGCAUGAGGGUCAGUUCGAAGAAGCUGAUUUGGAAGAUUUGAUUGAGGUCUGCCUCGAGAGCAGAACGACCACUGUGAAAUUCAACGACUGUCCCUUUUGCCCUGACAGCAUGAAUACAAUACCCGGAGAUUGGACUCAGCACAUAGCCCAACAUCUCUUGGCUUUUUCUCGAAUGUCAUUUGAUGGAUACAUGGAGGGGGAAGAUAAAGCUUCGGAUUUCUCCCAGUCAAUUGACUCAUCAGAUGUUUCAGGGGCUCAGGUCUUGUCCAAAACAAUAGCGGAUGAACUUCGCGCAAUGCCUCUUGAUACUGAUAAGGUGCAUGAUUAUGACCUUGCUUUCGGCCCCUCAGAAAACCGAUCCCGCCUUGAAACAGAAUCUGAAAUUGAGGAAGCAGCAUUAUUGAUGUCGCUCUUGGGUUCAAACGAGUAUGACGCCGCAAGGGAUUUAAUUGAGGAGAAGGACGAACACUGGGAUACAUCUAUUUUCCCAGACAAUUCUUCAAUAAUCCGAACAAUCUUAGAAGAUCCAGGAGCGCAGCUUGCCCAGGAAAGGGCAACUGAGCUUCGCGAAACCUUACUAGAUGGUUAUGAGAAUAGUUAUAAUCCCAUGGUUGCCCCUGAAAUCUCAGAGGCCCCACCUGAUAUUGAAGAAAAAACCUGGGAAUUUUACUCCUUUCGCCCGAAUUUCAACCAGUAUGACGCUUCAAUGGAUCCUAUCAUCAGAAGCUUCAGCAAGAAUUUGGGUCUUCCAGAAGAAGAGCGGGCUGAUGAGAUCAAUCAAACCCUGGAACUUCAAGUUUCCGGUGUUCCGGACCCUGAUACAAAUCCAUGUAUCGAGGGCAAACCAAGCAGGAUAGAGGAUGAUUCCUCAAAUUUAUCUUCACCUGUGAGGACAAGCCUCGAUCAACCAGUUCCAACUCCAGAGGGGUUAAAUAAAGACCAUAAGAUGGGAUCAACCAGCGUAAGUGAUCUGAUAAUCAGAUUUCUCGAGCAACAAGAUCGGUUGUUCCAUGCAGAAAUUCCCUUUUUGACCUCAGGCUCGCCCGUGCAAUUGAGCGAUGAGCUACAGCGUUUCCGUCUCUGGACCACCGAGAUUGGAAUCCUUCGGGCGGGUUAUAUUUCAUUGGAGUCUCGGUUAGAAGACUCACCAGACAUCAAAGAGCAAAUAAUCUGGCAUUUGAGUAAGCUGGAAGAGGCAAUGAGUGUUAUUGUCUCGCAACCAAUUCCUGAACCUGAUCACAUCUCCUCCCGGGGCGCAAAAGAAAAUGAUGACUCUUCACGACUCGCAGUAUUUUCUACAUACAAACUGGUGCAAGCGACUAUCGAUGCCCUCUUUCAACUUUCCCUGUACCUUGACCAAAAGUCGGAAAUAGGCCCCUUCGAGCCAUCUGACAGACAACAUGUGAAAGAAAAAUAUCCACAUGCAAGUAAAGAAAUCACAAAUCGUCUCGGGCUGGCAAAUGCACAGCGAAGGUUUCAGAUGUGGCGUCUUAAACGUCGGAACAUCAUGCUUGAUCGGGGUCUUGAGCAAAUUUCCAUUUCCUGGGGAGAUGACGCAUCGUCUCAUUCGUCGCGAACAGUGAAAUCUACACCUGAAGAAGCUACUAAUAUGACGAGGGAUGACCUUGAGUGGCAUGUACCCCCUCCCCCUAUACCCAUUGCUCUAAGUGAUUCAAGUAAAGAAACAAUACUCGAAUGCCCCUAUUGUUUUUCGAUGACUGCCAUCAGGACUGUGAAGGAUUGGGCUCGUCAUAUCUUCAAUGACUUGAUGCCCUAUGUCUGCGUCUAUCCCAAAUGUCCAGUCCCUCAGCAAAUGUUCCAAAGUCGACGACAGUGGUUUCUCCAUAUGGCAACGGAGCACCUCAUCAAAGAAAACCCAGAUUUGCCCAGAAAGUGUCCGCUGUGCUUAUCUUCUUUGUGGUCCGAAAUUUUCGAAAAGCACGUGGGGCGGCAUCUGGAAGAACUGGCUCUUUUUGCUUUGCCAGUCAUUGAAAAAGAGGAUGAUUAUGGUGCGUCUUCAACCUCUUCGGAUGUUGGGAUGACACCCCCUGUUUUAUUCACUGCCCAUGACGAUCACGAUGUGGGCGAAGAUGAAGAUUCACAGGAUUUGCAUUCCUCUGGGCUAAUACAGCGAUGUCCUGUCUGUCAUGAUUUAUUAAUUGAUAUGAAAGCUCACAUACUUGCACACCAGAUUGGUGGUCUGGAAAAGUGUCCAGUUUCGAAUUGCAAAUACCACGUAACGGGAUUUGUUCAUGGGCAUGACAGAGAUCGUCAUAUUUUGACCCACUACACGGGUGACUCAUUUUAUUGUGAUUUUUGUUUUCAGUCUGGGACUUCAGAUACAACACGCUUCCCCCGGGUUGGUACCUUCAAAAACCACCUCAUCUCAGUUCACGGCGUAGCUGGGGAUGAACCGUUUGAUUCGUACAUCAAUCAGGCGAAUGACAGUCCGGGACGGUGCUGCAUCUGCAAUAUAUCAUACAGCAACCCUCACUCCCUUUACGAUCAUCUUGAGGAAUGCGUGAGGCUCAAGGUACUUCGAGAUAUUCUUCCAGAAGAUCUGGAUCUCUCUCCCGUACUAGAGUGGGAGGAUAAUGGGAGCCAAUCAGAAGCACAUGAAAAUGCCACCGCUAGCCUGAGAUCACCCCUUGAUGCAGAGGCCACGGACCCUCGUGCCGAGGGCUAUUUGAGUUCAGAUCCAAAUCUUCAGCAUAUAGAGGAUGGUGGAGUUUUCGAGCAGGUCAGCGAUCUAUCCAGACACCGGAGAGGAAAUCUGGGAGCACUACCAUCCCAGACUGAUGCCAACACAUCGUUCAAACCGGAUUCUCCUGUAAACCCUCUUUUCACUACCCUGGGCCGAGAAAUAAUCACCUCGAAGCAUCGCUUACUCAAGCAUCGCCCUGGAGAAGAUGACCAUGAUGUUAUCUUUAUAAUACAUAAGCUACGAAAGGACCCCCAGUAUAUUGGAAAUCUCCACGCGCUUUUCUUUGACUCGAGUUCAAUUGAGGAUGGUAUAGUCACUAUUGGCAUGUUGCGAAGAGCAGCUGCAAUGAAGCUGAGAACGACUUCUGAAGACGCCAUUUGCAUGUCUCAUAAUGGCAAACCGCUAAGCUACGACCUGAUGUCAUGUCGAGAGGCGGGAUUAGAGCACAACUCCGAAGUGCUUUGCAAAGUUACCAACGAAGGCCCUAGCAUGCAGUGCCAAAUCUCUGAUCCUGAGACCAUAUCCUGGCUCGAUCGGCUUCAAACUCAGGAUGAGGUUGAGCAGGAUGUUGCCAAGGCCAAACGUGAUGCUGCUGUUGACUAUGAACAUGGAUCUGCACCAUUUCCCGCUCAACAGAGCAUUCCAGAGAUCCCCGAUUUGAGUUCAAUUCCCAGUCCCAUGGAGAAAGUCACGGCCUACAAAAGUUAUUUUCAGCAAGAGCUGGUCCCGAUAUGCCUUGAAUAUGUUGAUCGCCCUACAACCGCUCGGGAGCCACGUUUUUAUGACACCAGACUCAUGCGCGUGCUUCAUAACGUUCUCCAACUUUUGAAAAUACUGAAUGAGAUGAAUCAUAAACGCGAUAUGCAGUCAAUACUGGCCUGUCAGACCCUGAAAUCCCAAGUCAAACGGGCUUCGGAGCAGCUCAUUGAAGCUCGUGGAACUUGA